UUUAAUAAGAUUUAUAGCUAUUGGCUGAAAUGUAAAAGGUGUAACCAAUCAGAACUGCCGAUUCAUGAUCACUAACCAUGUGUCGUCGGUAAACAUCGAGAAAGUUGUUUAGUUGCUAAUUAACUUCAAUUUUUGUCUUGUAUUUUGAGUAAUUAACGAAAAAAACGUUGGGAAAGAAAGAUGCCACGAAAAUGUAACCUUUGUGGGAAACCAGCCGCUCUAAAACGACCGAAGACGGGCUGCUGUCUUUGCAAAGAAUGCUUCUUCUAUGUGUUUGAAGAGGAGAUUCAUCAAACAAUUGUAUCAGCCAAACUGUUUACAGAGGGAGAAACCAUUGCUAUAGGGGCUUCAGGUGGUAAAGACUCAACAGUUCUAGCACAUGUCUUGAAGGUACUCAACUCCAGAUAUAAUUAUGGUCUUAAUUUAAUUCUACUUUCUGUUGAUGAAGGAAUCACAGGUUACCGAGAUGACUCGUUAGAGACAGUGAAGCGGAACCAACAACAGUAUGAUCUACCUUUGAAAAUUGUUUCAUAUGAGGAACUUUACGGGUGGACAAUGGAUGCCAUUGUGAAGACAGCAGGAAACAAAAAUAAUUGUACUUUUUGUGGAGUUUUUCGUCGACAAGCUCUCGAUCGUGGGGCCAUGAUGUUGAAGGUGGAUAAAAUUGUGACAGGUCACAACGCUGAUGACAUUGCAGAGACUGUUAUUAUGAAUGUUUUACGAGGAGACAUAUCUCGACUUUCUCGCUGUACAGCAAUCACCACGGCUUCUGAAGGAAUGCUACCACGUUGUAAACCUCUGAAAUACACCUAUGAAAAGGAGAUUGUCAUGUAUGCUUACUUUAAGAAACUGGAUUACUUCUCCACUGAGUGUAUAUACUCUCCCAAUGCAUACAGGGGUUUUGCUCGUGCAUAUAUCAAGGACCUUGAAAUCAUUCGACCCAGCUCAAUUAUUGAUAUCAUCCAUUCUGGAGAAAGUCUUGCUAUAAAGAAACAGAUAAAACUUCCAGUCCAAAGAACAUGCAGCCGAUGUCAUUUCAUGUCCAGCCAACCCGUAUGCAAAGCCUGUGUCCUCCUUGAAGGUCUGAACAAAGGAGUCCCAAGGCUUGGAAUUGGUAAAACACACAAAGAACGACGAAAGAUGGAGGAAAAAUUGUCAGCUUUAAAAGUAGAAACAGCAGCAGACAAUGGCUGCUGUCAGACUUCGGGUUCUUGCUGUGAAAGAUCCACGUCUAAUAUGGUCAAUGGCCAAUGUAAUGGAACAGAGCAAGAGAAGAAUGAAGACGGUGACACAUGUAUUAAUUCUACCACUGACGCUGACAGACACAGCCUUGCACACUCUCAUACGCCCCUGUCCAACACCAUCAAGCAGCAGGUGUCACUUUGACACAACGAUGGAUUUAGUAUUUAUUUCAAGUAAAAGUUUUAUUUUCAUUCUUUUCUAAAAGACUUCAUGUUUUUUUUUUGUGUAUAUGUAGGUGCAGGAGUGGCUGUGUGGUAAGUAGCUUGCUUACCAACCACAUGGUUCCGGGUUCAUUCCCACUGCGUGGCAUCUUGGGCAAGUGUCUUCUCCUAUAGCCUCGGGCCGACCAAAACUGAAAGAAGUCCGUCAUAUACAUGUAUAUAUAUGUGUGUGUGCAUGCAUUUUUUAAUUUAAAAAAAAAAAAUGCUCCUGAAUUAUUCCUCAACAAAAUAGAUAUAUAUAUUUAUAUAUAUAUAUACAGUAAUCCCUCAACUAUUACAGGUGUUAUGUUCCAAAACCCCUGCAAUGGUUGAAAAUCCACGAAGUAAAAACUACUGUAUUGUAUAUUUUUUUAAAAUUAUAAAUGCAAAACAACACCAUGGAGGAAGCAACAUAAGCUUAAGUAGUAAACCACGAUAGGUGAACCGUGACAUGGCGAGAGAUUUUAUACAUAACAAAACUGUUAUAUAUAAAAAUAAACAAAAGUAUGCAUACUCUUUCACUUUAUUUAUUUACAAUGAAAAGAUGGAAAAAAAAAAAAAAAAACUGAGGUAAAUAUUUGUGUUUAAUGGAGACUGCUUGCAAGGUGUAUCAUUUAUAUUGAUGCAGUGAUGGGAAAGGGAGAGGCCAGGGGUAUGUUUUGUCCAAAACAAAUUUGACCACAGGUCAAUAGGUUGGAUUCUGAUUUUAGACAAAAUUAGGCCAGAGUUGGAUUUUUCUUUUUUGUUUCUUUGAAAAAAAUGAGAAGAUAUGAUGUUAAUGGUUGGCUUUGUAAGAUAACACCAGGAAUAACUGAAACCUAAGUCACAGACUCAGCUCAUACCACCACCAAUACAACACAACCUUUGAAAAGCUCACCAUGGUUGUUGCCAUCAACUAAGGCAAACACUUUGUCAGCCAAAAGAUAUAUAUAUAUACAUACAUAUAUAAUGGAAUAAUUUGGUGAGCUGAGUCUAUAACCAGAUUGUGUCAUCCCAGGUGUAAUAAUUUCACUGCUUUUACGUCCUUGUAUAAAAAUAGACAGGAACUUCUCAAUGUGCCCCACCAACUAGCAGAAAAGACCAUUGCAAAUAUUGAGAAUAUUCUGGGUGAAUUAAGGGACAGGGGGCUCCCUAAUUAGAAUUGUAUAUAUCUACAUUAUUCAAUGUGUCCCUUUUUUAAAAAGUUACUAGGGUGUGAUUUGAGGGAGAUUUAGCUGCUAUGUCUCACAAGUUAAUUAUUGGAAUGGCAUUACAAACAGAUUAUAGGUUUUUGUAUUUCUAUCAUUUCACUAUCCUGGAUGUAUUUAGAAUUAGGACAGGAAGCAGAGGUGACACUAACAAAAAAAAGAGGCAUUUAGUCUGGUGUUCUAAUAACUGCUGACAACUCUCUUUGUUCUUGGCCAAUUAAUUAACCCUUUAGCAUUUAAACCAGCCAAAAUAUUCUUCCAGUUUUAUGUUCAAACUGGCCAGAUCCAGCCUCUCACACCUACCAUAUAAUGUCAUUCUAAAGAGAAACAAUCACAUCACUGAAAUUUCAAAGCUAGAAGAGAAUGUGCUGUCAAUUCAAAACAAUGCGAAGGAAUAAGUAUUACAUUUCGCAGAAUAAUCCGAGGGCUAAAGGGGUUAAUAAAUCUCUUUAUUUGUCACAAUCCAGUGGAGUCAACCCUGUUGAAGUUGACUGUUUCCUGUUUGAUUUGAACUCGGAAAUGUGUGACAUGAAAUUUAAUACUGCAAUUAAGCUAAUCCUCUGCUCUAUUAUCUAUGCUAUGUCCAUCUCAUUAACUAAUUAGUCAACUAUAAUCCAGCCUAGUAUUUAAUGGCUAAUUACUCUUAUAGACCUCAGAAGGAUGAAUGGUAGUCUUCUUCGGUGGGAUUUAAAUUCAGAAUGUAAAGAGAUAUAACACCACAAGGCAUUUAUUAUAAUAAAUACAAUUUUUGAUUAUUUUUUUUUCUUUUGUUUUGUUUGGGGGUGACAAAUGUUUUAGAUAGCAAUUAUUAUUAUUAUUAUUAAACAGUUGUGUAUUAAUCAUUAUAAGCAUAGAAAAACAUGAAUGAGAUUAAGGUGACGAAGGUGAUGUUUGUAAGGGAAGAGAAUAACAGAACUGUUAAUAGCUCUUGUAGCAGACAGAGCCAGUUUGCAAGGUGGGGAUGGAGUGGAGGGGAGGUUAACAAACAAAGCAAUUAAGAAGAUGAGAAAUUACGUAUAUAAUUAAUUAGAAAGGCUGUUUUUUCUUCUUUUUUUUUUGUGGCAGACAUUAUUGUAAAGAAAUAUAAAUAAAGAUUUUGUCACCAGAUAGAUAUUUUUUUUUUUAAACGCUUCCAUAUUGAAAGACUGUCGAGGGAGGAAAGAAUGGGCAUCCGGAUGCCUCUGUCUCUUCUUUAACCCCACAAGUCUUCUGUGCGGCCAAAUUUGAACACCAUACUACUG